AUGCGGUGGAAGGUGCCUGGUCGGCCGACAACGCUGCCGGCCAGCGCCGCUCUUUUACUCCUCCCCUCGCUCCUCCUCACAGCUCCGCAGCAGCUGUCCUACGCCCAACAGCACGAUGUCCCCGCCGUCUCAUCUUCUGUUUAUGUGACCUCGCGCCCAACGAGCGACCCUAUCAUUGAUGAAAGCCCCCACACCUAUUUUAGAGAUACACACACACAUAUACCGCCGGAUGUGAAGAGAAGCAAUCCGGACAACGAUGUGAGCGCCCUGGCAACUCUGGCUCUGGCAGACUCUGAUAGCCAUGCCGUACGAGCCCCUCCUGCCCAGCCGAGCAGUCCUACUGCCGGUUUGGUGUCGCAGCUUCAAGCGCGGUCCCUGCAGGACUGGGAGGUUGAGGAUUUUGUUUUGUUGGCGACCGUCGAUGGCACCAUCCACGCUCGAGACCGUAAAACGGGCGCUCCGCGAUGGGCCUUGGAAGUACCCAGUAGCCCUAUGGUCGAGAGUAUUUACCAUAAUCGCUCAACCACGGGGUUUGACGCAGACUCCUCAAACCAGGACGAUGACUUUCUAUGGAUUGUUGAACCUAGCAGGGACGGAAGCCUUUAUAUAUUUAGCCCUGGCCAGCAUGGCGGACUUCAGCAGCUGGGACUGACAGUGAAAGAUCUCGUCAACGAAACCCCUUAUUCUGGGACCGACCCAGCAGUCACGUAUACUGCUCGUAAGGAGACUACACUUUAUACCGUCGAUGCCCGGACGGGGAAUAUUCUCCGUGUCUUUAGCUCUCGAGGCCCGAUUACCACAGACCAUCGUUGUAAAACCUCCGGGCUAAGUUCUACCGAUAUUCUGGACGAUGACAGUGGUGAAGACGAAAACGAUGACCCCUGCGGAGGUAUGACAGGGACACUGACCAUUGGUCGGAUCGAAUAUGCCGUUGCCAUUCAGAACACCGAGACUGGCGAGCCAAUAUGUACCCUCAAGUACUCUGAGUGGGCGCCAAACAACCGAGACAUUGACCUUCAAAGCCAAUACUAUCAGACGAUGGACCAGAGCCACAUAUAUAGUAUGCACGAUGGCGUCGUUCUAGGAUUUGACCAUUCACGGAUGGAACGCCCCCGCUACACACAACGCUUUUCGUCACCUGUUGUACGUGUAUUCGAUGUGGCGCGUCCAGUUGAUGUCAAUGCCAAGUCGCGAGAUUCUCCUCCACCCCUUGUCUUGCUGUCUCAACCACUUCAACCACCUGACCCUGACUAUGCUGCUGCUCCUGAAACUCAGGACCGGGUGUUUAUCGAUUGUACAGAGGCUGGUGGCUGGUAUGCUAUGUCUGAAAUAACAUAUCCUUUGGUGACAGGCCGCGCCGGUAUAGCUCAGUGCUAUGACAAGGACUUUUUCCGGGAUAGUCGUUCACUACUUACCCUGGAUCUUGAACGUCAGCGGAAAGCCCUAGCUGGCGUCCACUCACUUCAUUUCCAUUCCUCUAGUCACGGCAGUCGCCGCAAUAACAUACAUAGCAUAUCAGGCCCGUCAGCCAUUGGGGGGGGUCCAAACAGUACACCUCGUGAUGUAGUCAGCUCUCCGUCAUACCUCGCAUCUCCUCCCGCCCUCAGGCAGAGUGUUAUUAUUCGCACUGGCUGGGAAAACCGCACGGACAUAUUUGUAUUGGUGAUUCUUGCUCUUUUCGGCUACUUUCUAUGGGUGAACUCGGCGCUGUUCCAAGAACAACUCAAGCAAAAGCUAGAUUUGAAAAACAUACUGGCUGCAUAUGACCAGCAAAUAUCGACGCCUCCGACAUCUCCUGCUGUCAAUUCAUUCCAACAAGAUUCGAGCCCGAUAGAUAUUCAGCUUGCAACGCCUAAAAAGGAACCCGUCCAUCUCGAUGAUCCCGAUGUGGACUCAUUGUCAACCCCUCGACUAAAGCCGAGCUCUCCUCGGUCCUGUGACCCAGAUUCGACUCCACGAGUGCGGAUCCGCGAGCCCUCACGAGGACCUGAGGACGAAGGAGACGAGCUGAAUUUGCAGGAGCCUGUUAAGAAGAAGAAACGCCAACGCGGUCAGAGAGGCGGCAAAGCCCAUAAGCGGAAACCGAAGCCGGGUUCGGAGGAGGAUAACGCCGUAUCGCAAGCAGUCGAACAGGCCAAGUCGCUUGUACCACCAUCAAGGUUAGAAGCAGAUGUGCAACUUGUUCGUCAGGUUUCCAAUGAGAUUACGGAAAUUGACAGGGCUAUCCGCAUUGGUCAGCUCAAAGUAUACACAGAUACUGUACUGGGUCACGGUAGCCAUGGAACAGUUGUGUACAAGGGAUCUUUUGAUGGCCGAGAUGUAGCUGUGAAGCGUAUGCUAGUCGAGUUCUAUGAUAUUGCGUCACAUGAAGUUGGCUUGUUGCAAGAAAGUGACGACCAUACCAACGUCAUUCGAUACUAUUGUCGUGAGCAGGCGCCUGGCUUUUUGUAUAUCGCCCUCGAACUUUGUCCCGCAUCCCUGCAAGAAGUGGUUGAGAAACCGCAAGACUAUCCUCAAUUAGUUAAGGGAGGCUUGGAUGUGCCUGACAUCCUACGACAGAUCACGCUUGGAGUAAGAUAUUUGCACUCGCUGAAGAUUGUGCAUAGAGAUCUCAAACCACAAAAUAUCCUGGUCGCGACACCGCGAGGUCGCAGCAUGAACAGCCAAUACCCUGCUCUGCGACUUCUGAUAUCCGACUUUGGACUGUGCAAGAAGCUCGAGGAUAAUCAGAGUUCCUUCCGAGCAACUACUGCACACGCAGCAGGCACAUCGGGAUGGCGUGCACCAGAGUUGUUAGUGGACGAAGAUCAACAGUCGGCCAUCGCGAUCAAUGGUGGACAUUCGAACCAUACUGAGUCGUCUGAACCGGCAGUGGUAGAUCCACAGACAAACCGACGGGCGACUCGUGCGAUUGAUAUAUUUUCUCUGGGCUGUGUUUUCUAUUAUGUUCUUACGCGUGGCGGGCAUCCGUAUGAUAAGGAUGGCAAAUUCAUGCGAGAGGCCAACAUUGUCAAGGGCAAUUACAACCUAGAAGAUUUGGAGCGUUUGGGCGAUUACGCGUACGAAGCGGAUGAUCUUAUUCGCAGCAUGCUUUCAUUGAAUCCUCGCACUCGGCCCGAUGCUACCACUGUCCUCAUGCACCCAUUCUUCUGGAAUGCAGCUGAACGGCUCAGUUUCCUGUGCGAUGUAUCUGACCACUUCGAAUUCGAGCCUCGCGAGCCUCCUUCUCCCGCACUCCAAUACCUCGAAUCUGUCGCCCUCAACGUGAUAGGCCCAGAGAUGGACUUCCUCAAGGCUCUCCCCAAAGAGUUCAAAGAUAGCUUAGGCAAACAGCGUAAAUACACAGGAUCACGCAUGCUCGACUUGCUGCGUGCCCUACGUAACAAACGUAAUCACUACAACGACAUGUCAGAGCAUUUGAAGGCGCAUAUUGGAGGGUUACCUGAGGGUUAUUUACGGUUUUGGGCAGUCAGGUUCCCGUCUUUGUUAAUGAAUUGUCACGCGGUGGUUGUGGAGUUGGACUUGUGCAGAUUGGAGCGGUUUAAGCGGUAUUUUACACCGCCGGAAUAA